AUGUGUUCUACACCCAAUAAAUUAGCCUGUUGUUCUGGAGACAACGUUUUUGAUCCUAACCCAAAUGAAAAUGAGACAUAUCCACAAGUGGUGAAUAAACAUUUACCAUCAAAAGUUUUAGAGCCAAUUGUUCAAAAUAAAAUUAUUGAAGUUCCUAAAGAAGUAUAUUUAGAAAAGAUUGUAGAAGUUCCUCAAAUAAAAACCGUUGAAAGAAUAGUAGAACAAAUAAGACCAGUUGUUAAGUACAAAAAUAUUUAUAAAACAAAAACAGUAUAUGUUGAAAAAAUAAAAAAUAUUGAUAAAAUAAUUUAUGAAGAAAAAAUUAUUGAAGUUCCUCAAAUUAAAACUAUUGAAAAGGUUGUCGAAGUACCAGUAUAUGUAGACAGAGAACGAAUUAUUCAUGUACCAAAAUAUAUGGUCGUUGAGAAAGUUAUACCUGUAUUAAAAACAACAAAAAAAGAAAGUAUUAAAGAAAUUCCUGAAAUAAUUUUCCCAAAUAUGGGUGUAAUAGAGGAUGUAGAAUCAGAAGAACACCAUGUUGAAGAGUUAAAAGAAAAUGAAACCGCAAGUAUCUCCAAUGAUAAUGAUGCUGAAAUAUUAAACAAUUUACAUUUAGAAAAUAUAAACUCUCAAAUAAUGAUGAAUAUUGGAUCUACCGAAGAUACAACUGUUGAUACUAUACGUGAAAACAAUUAUUGUACCACAGUAAGUUGUAAAUUUAUACCACCCUUUGGCGAUUUUCCAAAAAUUCAAGAAUCAAUGUGUAAAGGAUUUCCAGAAAGAGAAAAACGUUUUUCAAAUAUAAAUAUAUACGCAACAAAAGAUAAUUCUCUUCCAAAAAUAAGAAUAUCAAAAACUCCAAAUGUAGUUCAUAGAGGUUUUUACUGUAACUAG